AUGUCUGUUUGCUGCUGUGAGUGCUGUCAACUCCUACUCGUUAUCGCCGCCAUGUUCGGCUUUUUUUAUCUGUUUUUCUAUCUCAGCUCGGAUCCCUAUAACCCUUCUAUCAGCAUCACUCACGCCUCCCUCAAAGAGUUCAAGUUCACCGCCGACAGCCACACUCUCCGUUACGACCUCGACCUCAACAUCAUUGCCCGGAACCCUAACGUCAACUACGACGUCCAUUACGACGACGUUCAAGUCAAGGCUUAUUGGUCUCCCCAGACUACUACUUAUGACGGCCGCCGGCUCACCGUGAAGAAGCUGUUUGCUGUGGCGAAUAUGAACUACUCCUUUUGGCAAGGCAAAGGGGAGGAAACAGCUUUGCCUCCGCUCUGCUUUAAAGGGAACCAAUUGAUGCUUAGUGGUGAUGAGGUCGUCGAUCAUUCCUCCAUGCUCAUGACUACUCAUGCUAAUUCAAACCCUAGUUUACUUGCUACUGCGGACGGACACGUUUAUGAAAUUUUUGUAGAGGUUUUCUUCAUAAACAAGUUGCAUAGAUCGAAAUCAACUGAUAGCUGGGAGGGAAGUUUGAUCCGGAGCCGGGUAUAUAAGUCAGGCUUCUCGUGUGACUUGUUGGUUCCCUUGAUUGAUAAAUCCCAGUCUGCCGGUGCUAGUAGUAUUCCUUUUAGGACCGUCCAGUGUUAA